AUGUAUGACAACAUCUCUGAUUUCACAAGAUAUGAUGACGACCAUGACCCCGAACACGGUGAAGAAGAAGUUUUACAAACAUCCAUUAAGACAGGAAAGGUUUUAACUCAAAGUCUCAUUAUUGACACCAAAGAUGGCGAAGUGGACGUUCUUCAAGAGCUGAAGAAAAAUACUUCUUCGGGAGGUGGUGGUAGGCAUGAACUUGAAAUAAAUGAGAUAGAAGAGAAAUUAGCCGAAAAAGCAGAUAAAGAACAUAAACACAAUAUCUCCGAUAUAAAUGAACUUCAAGCUACAUUAAAUAGUAAAGCGGACAAAAAUGAACUUGACGCAAUGAACAAAGUUUUGAAAUCUCAUAAACACAACAUCUCCGAUAUAAAUGAACUUCAAGCUACAUUAGACAGUAAAGCUGACAAGAACCAUACACAUAAAUCCUUCACUACUGUUAGAGCAGACGACAUAAUACUGAACUUUGACCUUGGUUCAAGUGCACCAUUAGAAAAUCCAAGUACAAGCGUAAAAGAUACUCUUAACAAUUUAGAUAAGAGUUGCAGGAAUAUCGAAGAUCAUGCCAGAAACUUUGAAGCAUAUGAACUACCCGCAAUGUUAGAUAAGAAAGCAGACAAAACAGAGCUUCAAACAUUAAAGACUCAGAUUCUUGAAACAUUAUAUCCUAUAGGUUCUAUUUAUACGUCAAUGAAUUCAACAAAUCCAGAAACAGUUUUAGGUUUUGGUACUUGGGAACAGAUUGUAGACAAAUUCUUAUACUGUGCUAACUCUUCAAAGCAAACAGGUGGUUCGAAGAAAAUUACUGAAGCAAACUUACCUGCGCACACUCAUACAGGAACUACAAACUUUUCUGGCGACCAUAGCCACUCAUUAAGAGACCAUCCAUUAUACAACUCAGAAUAUAAAGCUGGCAAUGACGUUUUAUCUCCAUCUUAUAACAAUGCAGCAAAAAAGACUUUUCGACCAACUGAACCAGGAGGAAAUCAUGUCCAUACUUUCACAACAAAUCCAACAGGCUCGGGUGCAGAUUAUAUGCCACCAUUUAUGACUGUAUUCGCAUGGUAUAGAGUUCAAUGA